CUGUGUGUGUUGGCGCGCGUGCGACAGAGACGUUCGUUCAAUAAAUCAGUAUGUCACUGACUCGCCGUUUGAAUACACGUACGUGUCUCCCCGCUCCGAACAUACCUAACAGUGGCGACGAGGACAAAAUAAACAUAAAAAAAUGUUUGCUAACGGAGGGUUUGGUUCAAUAACCAACUUUGACCACCUGACUAACGACUGGGACACCUACAAGGCACGGCUCACUCAAUGGUUUAUUGCUAAUGAUAUAAAUGAUGAGUCUGACAAAGCGAAGGUAAAACGCAAGGCAAUAUUAUUAAGUGUUUUGAGUGAGUCCAGCUACAAACUAGCGAGUGACCUGGCGUUGCCGCAGAAGAUCGAGGCGGUGGAAUAUGAUAGUAUCAUCACUUUGCUGGACCGCCAUUUCACCCCUAAACGGCUUGGUUUCGCGGAGCGAUACAACUUUUAUUCAGCCACGCAGCGCCCAGGUGAAAGUCAUACUCAGUGGGCAGCGAGGAUAAGAGGAUUGGCGGCACAUUGCGGUUUCAAGAAUUUGGAAGAGGCCCUUCUCGACAAAUUUGUGAUGGGAAUGGCAGCGGGUCACGAACGUGAAAAGUUGUUCGCGAAGGAUCUGCAGGAACUGACGCUGGGGAAGGCCGUAGAGUUGGCUGAAAACGUGUGCGCAGCGCGCAAAGCAGCAACUACCACGCAAUUGUUGAGCGGAAGCGCCGGGGCGAGCCACGCGGUCGCCGCCGCGGUCGCCGCCGCGGCCACCGGCAGCGCGGGGCCUGAAGGCGUGUUCAGUAUCUCCAAGAAUGAAAAGUGCAGUGUGUGCGGGUAUACCAAUCAUAAGGUCAAUCAGUGCCGUUUUAAAAGUUACAAGUGCAAAAAGUGUAACCGCAAAGGUCAUUUAAGUAGAAUGUGUGCGUCUAACUCAAAAGUAAAUUACGUCACGGAAGGUAAUGUGGAUGUCGGAGACGAUGGUAAGUUUUCGGUACUUAACAUUAAAUGCGUAAAAGGUAGACCAAUGUCAGAAUUCGUUAACGUAAAUGGUGUAUUUUUGGAGUUUGAGAUAGAUAGUGGUUCAGCCGUUAACGUAAUAUCAGACAAUACCUACCGAUCGUAUUUCAAGGAAUUGCCAUUGACCGACACUGAUAACAAUUUAUUUAGUUACACGGGAAGUAAAAUGAAAACUUUAGGAUUUAUUCAUUUAAACGUGUCGUAUACAGAUAGCACACAUGAUCUAAAGUUCUACGUAGUGUGUGGCGGCGGCCCGCCGCUCCUAGGUCGGGAAUUUCUACAUACAUUUAACAUAGAAUUUGCCCCGGCGACGCCCGUUAAUUACAUGAAUAAAUCACAGAAUCAGACAAUUACUGAUAUUAUUUCGCAGUUCCCAAAAUUAUUUUCAAAUAGAUUAGGUUGUUUUAAUAAAAAUAAAGUAUCUUUAAAAUUAAAACCAGACGCGAAGCCGAUAUUUUUUAAAGCAAGACCUGUCGCUUUCGCCAUAAGGGAAAAGAUCGAUGCGGAGCUCAAUCGUCUUGUAGAUCUUGGUAUAUUAGAACCUGUAGAAUAUUCGGAAUGUGCCUCUCCCAUAGUGCCAGUAUUAAAGAAAGAUGGCGGUGUUAGGAUCUGUGCAGAUUACUCUGUAACUAUUAAUAAGCAAUUAAUUAUCGAAAAAUACCCGUUACCAUCUAUCGAUGAAUUAUUUUCUAGACUACACGGUGGUGAGCAGUUCACCAAACUUGACCUUUCACGAGCUUAUAACCAAUUUCUACUGACAGAGGACUCACAGGCCCUAACAUGUAUCAACACGCAUCGCGGUCUUUUCAAAUACACUAGGUUAGUGUUUGGUCUGGCGAGUGCUCCAGCCAUUUUUCAACGGGCAAUGGAAUGUGUACUUGCCGGACUUGAUGGGGUAAUAAUAUUUUUAGAUGAUAUCUUAAUAACAGGGAGUAAUGUUAACGAGCACAUAAACAGGUUAACUUUAGUGUUGAAACGCUUGGAGGAUGCAGGGUUAACUGUUCAGCAGGAUAAAUGCGAAUAUUUCAAAAACGAAAUUUGCUACCUCGGUCAUAUUAUUGAUAAAAAUGGUAUUCGCAAAUCACCAGAUAAAGUUCAGGCUAUUUUAAAAGCUCAAACGCCGACGAAUAGUACGCAGUUACAAUCAUUUUUAGGUCUAGUUAAUUACUAUAGGAGUUUCGUACCAAACGCGUCGUCGGUUCUGAGCUCAUUGUAUGAAUUAUUACAUAAAUAAAAAUGGGAGUGGACUCCAGUUCACGACGAGGCGUUCAAACAAAUCAAAGAACUACUGGGUUCCGAUCAGCUGUUAGCGCAUUUUGAUCCGAACGCUAAAUUGUUGCUCACUGUAGAUGCAUCGCCGCAAGGGUUAGGUGCCAUUUUAUCUCAGCGAUCACGUGCUGACGACCGCGAGAGGCCUAUCGCAUUUGCUUCAAGGACGCUCACAGCAGCGGAAAAAAAUUAUUCACAGUUGCAGAAAGAGGCAACGGCAAUAAUUUAUGGUGUAAGAAAGUUUCACCAGUACCUAUAUGGUCGUACUACACCAUUCAUACUACGUACGGACCAUAAACCAUUGAUAACAAUUUUUGGCCCGCAUCGUGGCAUCCCUGAGGUAUCAGCUAAUAGGUUACAACGCUACGCGUUAUUUUUGUCAGCAUACAAUUAUACCAUCGAAUAUAUUCGCAGCGGUGAUAACAGUGCAGAUUUUUUAUCACGAGCGUCGUUAAUGAAUGAGAAUCGGUCGCGGGACGAAGCGCGGGGGGAGGAUCGAGACUGUGACGAGCGCGCUGCCUACGUUAAUUUUGUCAUUGAAGGAAGUCUACCCAUCACCUUAUGUGAAUUACAACGUGAGACUGCCCGCGACGAGAUUUUAAAAAAAGUUAAGAAUUAUGUGUUGAAGGGAUGGCCACGCAAAAUUCAUGACCCCGAAUUGCGACCAUAUUUUGAUGUUAGGUUUCAAUUGGCGUUAGAAAAUGAAUGCUUAAUGCGUGGUCAUAAGGUAGUCAUUCCUCAUUCACUAAGAGAGAAAAUAUACGGAGAAUUACACGGUUCACACUUCGGGGUAGUAAAAAUGAAGGCAAUCGCGCGCGAAAGAUUGUGGUUUCCGGGAAUCGACGCGGCGCUCGAGCGGUUGGCAGCCGCGUGUAGCGUGUGCGCGCAACUGCGACCCGCGCCUCCCCGCGCGCCUCCCUCGCCGUGGCCGUAUCCGCCGCAUGCAUUCUAUAGAAUUCAUUUGGAUUUUCUUGGACCGUUUCAUAACCAGAUGUUUUUAGUUAUAGUUGAUGCAUUUUCCAAGUGGGUCGAAUGUUACACUGUUAGUACAACAUCAUAUGGAUCAAAAACCGUUAUAAGUAAAUUAUGUGAUUUUAUGUCUAGAACAGGGGUGCCGCACACGUUGGUGACGGACAAUGGCACUUCCUUCACGUCUAGGGAGUUUGUACAUUUUUGCAAUAUAAACGGUAUUCAACAUGUAUUAUCGCCGGCAUAUCAUCCGUCAAGUAACGGCCAAGCCGAAAGUUUCGUAAAAAUAAUAAAGAAAGGUUUAAAAACCAUAAUUUUGCAAGGUAACACUAAAAUACCUCUUCAAGAAAAAAUUGCUAAGUUUUUAUUUGAUUAUAGAAACUAAAAUAGUACCACAGGUAAAUCUCCGGCGGAAGUGUUGUAUGGUCGACCUUUGCGUUCACGUUUGGACUUGAUUAAUCCCUUGCAAGUCGCUUCGACAUCCACUGAUCUUUCGUUGACCGUAAGGAAAAAUCAGUCCUUACAGAGUAAUCAUAAGGGAGGAAGGAAAAGGCCAAAAUUUAAGAUAAAUGAGGUUGUUUGGAUUAAGCGAUUUUUAGGAAACGACAAAUAUUGUUGGGUUCAAGGCAUAAUUAAGGAAGAGAUUGGGAAUGUCAUGUAUUCGGUGUAUAUAUCGGAACUAAACUGCAGGGUUAUUCGACACAUCGACCAGAUCAGACGGUUUCGAGCUGAAGACGAUGAUGAGGUACCAAACAAAACAAAUGAUUGGCACUCGGACAUAGAAACAGACGACAGCAGCUUAUUGCCGCAGCCGGAACCUACAGGCGCAUCGGGAGAGACUAUAGUUCCCGUAGGCCCACAAUCACCAACAUCUGCGGAAGAGGCUCAUAUUGAAGAAAGGGAAGGUACUAGUGUUGUGCCAUUAGCCUCACAGUCGCAGUCUACACCAGUUCAUCCUAGAUUAAUGAAUCUCGACCCACCAGCACCACCUGACACAGUGGAAAGUAGUGAGGAUGUUUUAGAACCUGACCAGCAAAAGCAAAGAUCCAAACGCCGCGUUAGGCCUGUUAAUUAUAAGCCAUUUUUUUGAUUAAGGGAUUUUGUGGGGAAGGGAUUGUUGUAUAUGUGAGUGUACAACACCUGUGUGUGUUGGCGCGCGUGCGACAGAGACGUUCGUUCAAUAAAUCAGUAUGUCACUGA